UCCCGCGCGCGCGGUCGUCCGCGGAACACCAAUGCCAGCGGCGGCGCUGCCGCGUGGCGUCCAGGCGGUGCUGGUGACCUCCGGCCAGCUCCGCAACCUCGACCCGCAGCUCCAGGUGCCCCCGCUCCUCCUCGCCAACACCCUCAUCGCCGCCUUCUCCCGCGCGGCCCUCCCGCGCCUCGCCUUCCCGCUCCUCCGUCACCUCCUGCGCCGCGCCCGCCCCUUCCGCCCCGACGCCUUCACCCUCCCGCCGCUCAUCCGCGCGGCCCCGGCCCACGCCUCCGCCGCGCAGCUCCACGCCUGCGCGCUUCGGCUCGGCCUCCUCCGCCCGUGCGUCUUCGCGUCGGGCUCCCUCGUGCACGCCUAUCUCCGCUUCGGCCGCGUGGAGGAGGCCCGCGGGGUGUUCGACGAAAUGCCCGGGCGCGACCUGCCGGCCUGGAACGCGAUGCUGUCCGGGCUGUGCCGCAACGCCCGCGCGGCCGAGGCCGUGCACCUGUUCGGGCGGAUGGUGGGGGAGGGCGUCGCCGGCGACUCGGUGACGGUCUCGAGUGUGCUGCCCAUGUGCGCGCUGCUCGAGGACUGGGUGCUUGCGCUGGUCGUGCACGUGUACGCGGUGAAGCACGGGCUGGACAAGGAGCUCUUCGUGUGCAAUGCGAUGGUCGAUGUGUAUGGAAAGCUCGGGAUGCUGGAGGAGGCUCGUCGGGUGUUUGAUGGAAUGGAGCGCCGCGAUCUGGUGACGUGGAAUUCGAUCAUCUCAGGGUAUGAACAGGGUGAGCAGGUUGCCGCUGCGGUCAAGAUGUUUCGUGGUAUGAGGGACAGUGGGGUUUCCCCUGACGUGCUGACACUUGUGAGCCUGGCGUCUGCUGUCGCACAGUGUGGAGAUGACCGCGGUGGGAAGUCAGUGCACUGUUAUGUGACGAGGCGGGGGUGGGAUGUGGGUGACAUAAUUGCAGGAAAUGCUAUGGUUGAUAUGUACGCGAAGCUAUCAAAGAUUGAGGCAGCCCAGAGGAUGUUUGAUAUCAUGCCGGUUCGAGAUGCCGUGUCCUGGAACACUUUGAUCACGGGGUACAUGCAGAACGGACUUGCUAACGAGGCAAUCGAGGCAUAUAGUCGUAUGCAGAAGCAUGAGGGUCUGAAGCCUAUUCAAGGGACAAUUGUCAGUGUUUUGCCUGCAUACUCACAACUUGGUGCCUUGCAGCAGGGCAUGCGGAUGCAUGCUCUGUCAGUUAAGACUGGAUUCAAUCUGGAUGUGUAUGUUGGAACCUGUAUGGUAGACUUGUAUGCUAAAUGCGGGAAGCUGGCGGACGCAAUGCUUUUCUUUGAAAAAAUGCCUAAAAGGAGUAGGAGUACAGGUCCCUGGAAUGCCAUCAUGGCUGGCCUUGGAGUUCAUGGGCAUGCUGCAGAGGCUCUUAGCGUCUUCUCACGAAUCCAGCAGGAAGGAGUUAAUCCUGAUCAUGUCACAUUUGUUUCACUAUUGGCCGCCUGUAGUCAUGCUGGCUUAGUUGACCAAGGACGGAGUUUCUUUGAUAUGAUGCGUAUAACAUACGGCAUUAUCCCCAUUGCAAAACAUUAUGCGUGCAUGGUAGAUAUGCUUGGCAGAGCUGGUCAGCUACAGGAAGCUUUUGAUUUCAUACACAACAUGCCAAUUAAACCUGACUCUGCUGUUUGGGGCGCUCUGCUUGGUGCUUGCAGGAUUCAUGGGAAUGUUGAAAUGGGCAAAGUGGCUUCGCAAAACCUGUUUGAACUUGAUCCAGAGAAUGUUGGAUAUUAUGUUCUAAUGUCGAACAUGUAUGCGAAGGUUGGGAAAUGGGAUGGAGUUGACGAAGUGCGGUCUUUGGUCAGACACCAAAAUUUGCAGAAAACCCCUGGAUGGAGUUCAAUAGAGGUGAAAAGAUCAGUGAAUGUGUUUUACAGUGGCAACCAGACAGAACCCCACCCUCAACAUGAAGAGAUCCAGGCAGAGCUGCAGAAUCUGUUGGCCAAAAUGAGAAGUAUAGGUUAUGUUCCUGACUACAGUUUUGUCCUACAGGAUGUAGAGGAGGAUGAAAAGCAACACAUCUUGAAUAAUCAUAGUGAGAGAUUAGCUAUUGCCUUUGGCAUCAUAAAUACUCCUCCAAGAACUCCGCUCCAUAUAUACAAGAAUUUGCGUGUGUGUGGGGAUUGCCACAAUGCCACCAAAUAUAUAUCGAAAAUAACUGAGAGAGAGAUCAUUGUCCGGGAUUCAAAUCGGUUCCACCACUUUAAACAUGGUCAUUGUUCUUGUGGGGAUUUUUGGUAAAAUGCAAUAUAAUGUUUUUGUCUACCCAUUGCUUGGGACAAAAGGUUUGUUGUUGUACAAUAUAAUAUUUUUGUCUGCACACCAUGUUUUCUCAAGCUAAGCACGUAGUGAUCGAUUAUGCUGUUAGAAUUCAUGUACUGAAGAAGAUUUAGGAAUGAACUGAAAUAGUUUACUAAUGUAAAGAAGUAUACAUAAUUGUUUAGUUAAGCAAAACUCCUCCCAUCUAUUCUUGAACUGGUAAAAUUUAACUGGAAAACAUGUUUGUUGUUGCUUACAGGCAUUGAAUUGCAAUAAUCCAUAAAUUUAUCUGAUCAGCUUUAGACUCUUUUAUAGUCCUGGCCUCCUGGGUCAUUUCUGAUAUAUGACUGCUUGGUUGGUAAUAUUACAUUUCCUGCCUAUUCUCUUAUGAUACAUUAUCAUUGAUCAACUGCCGCCACCAGCAGUGUAUCCUCCUCUGCAUCUUCUCUCUCCCGAGGAUCUCUGUUACCAUCAUUGUCAACUCUUGCGGCCGCCGCUGCAGGACAGUGGGACCGCUUCCUCCUUGCAGGUUCCGCUAACCAGAUCUGUCCAAGUAUAUAUUUAUGCUUGGAUAUCCGUAGGUUUGGUCUGUCCAAGUAUAUAUUUAUACGGUGCUAUACUGUGUCCAUCUCGGCGACCAAGCAUAAAUAUUUGUGCUUGGUCUUCUGUUCUGCAAAGCUGUUACCCAUUGCACUGCAGAAAAAAAAAACUUUAUUUUCCAGGAUCCUGGGGUUUUCUUCUGAGAAGUUUCUGUAUAUCUUCAAAUAGUUGGAACUUCUAUACAAAACAGUAGUGCAUUCACUAUAAGCUCUUUUUAGAAGUUAGGAUGAUGUCUUCCAUGUAACAUAAGCAUCAUUGUAUUUUGUGGUUUUGGAUAUAAUUUUUACUUAUUGGUCCACUCACCAUUUAUUUUGUUCUUUUGGUUCUAUAUAAUGUCUCAUGGAUAACUUUAACUUCCUUGGCACAAUUAAACUCAACUAUGAUUUGAUUUCAUAUUUAUUUCACCAGUAUGGCAUUUAGGAUUUGUGUCAUGAUUCAGGAGAUAAAUUUAGGAGCUUCCGCUGUCUAAGGUAAUUUCACAAGGUAUAGGUCAAGUCAAAAUGAUCUACAUGUUUACUAAUUCAAAAAGUAGGUCACCGGAUCGAAUCACAAGGUGAAGCAAGAUAAACUAGCAGGUGUGCAAUGUUUAUUUUGCUUUCUGUUGUGUUAUUCUGGUUCAGAUUACAUAUCCUUGCGUUAGAUACAAGUUUCAAUGGAAUAUUGCACUCCUAAAAAUUAUGUUUUUUUAUGCAUGAUGCAGGGUUCAACAGACCCUGUUAUAUGGUGUUUUGAAUCUAGGUGUCCAUCUAUAUGUAUCCCUUCUUGAUAUGCUUCUACUAUUGCAGCAUCACAAACAGACUAAAAAAUGCUUACAUUGAUAGCUACAGUUAUUGUUGCUCUUUUCUUGCAUAUAAGGAAAAAAGCAUCAUGACAGUAGCAUGGCUUGGCCCGGCAGUGAUCAUGGUAGCCUGCUUGGUGUUGUCCCUACUCUCCACGCUGAAACAACAACAAGAUGUAGGCAUCACAAAAACAACAACAAUACCAUCUCAUGUUGCCACCAGCCCGGAAACAACAACAAGAUGUAGGCAUCAAACAUAAUUUCCUUGCAUAUUGCUCGACUCAGUCGACUGAUUCCCUCUGAAUUUGCUGGCAGACGUGUGGAGUGCACUUGCUGUGCGCAUGUACUGUGGACGAGUCGGCUAUCUUACUGUACUCUGCAGGUGUGUAUUCCUUCCACUGUUCAUGGAAAUGUCCAGUGAAAUCAGUCACCUGGAAUUUGCCCCCCGGCCCUCUACAGUAGCAUCAACAAGGUCACAUAGUCCUCGAUAUUUCAGAAGGUCAGCGGAUGCCACCUUUCAUCCUGUGCUAACCAUUACAAUUACGUCAAGGAGGAUGGGAUCCACAUCAGCCACAGAUGCUUGGUGUGUUUGACGGUAGCAUCACCUGGCGUUGGGAGGCCAAUGAAGAGCAAGGUUACGAGUGAUAUCAUUGUUUUUUUUCUUUCUUAUCUUACAAUGAUAAUUGAUAGCACUCAAGUGAUCAAGUCCUUUUAGUCACAUAUUCUUUAACAUUUUGCCUGAAAACGAGACUAAUUGUAACUCUGCUGAUACUACUAUGGUCUUCCCUUUUCAAAUGUUUGCA